UCCCUGUGUCUCUGAUGGUUUGCCUAAACCCACAAAUAUCACCUUCUUAUCUAUAAACAUGAAGAAUGUCCUACAGUGGAAUCCACCAGAGGAUCUACAUGGAGCAGAAGUUACAUACACUGUACAGUAUUUCAUAUAUGGGCAGAAAAAAUGGCUGAGUACAUCCGGAUGCAGAAAUAUCAGCAGGACCUACUGUGAUCUUUCUGCUGAAACUUCUGACUAUGAACACCAAUAUUAUGCCAAAGUUAAGGCCAUUUGGGAAACAAAUUGUUCCAAAUGGGCUGAAACUGGACGAUUCUAUCCUUUUUCAGAAACACAAAUUGGCCCACCACAGGUUGCCCUGACUACUGGUGAGAACUCCAUCUCCAUUGUCCUGACGGCACCAGAGAAGUGGAAGAGACAUCCCAAAGAUAAUCCUGUUUCUAUGCAACAAAUAUACUCCAACCUGAAGUACAAUGUGUCUGUAUAUAACAAUAAAUCAAAAAAAAUGUGGUCCCAGUGUGUCACAAACAACACAGUGGUGCUCACCUGGCUGGAACCAAACACUCUGUACUGUGUCCAUGUGGAGUCCUUCGUCCCAGGGCACCCUCGCCUUGCUCUGCCUUCUCAGAAGCAAUGUGUCAGUACUUGGGAAGAUCAAACAUCAGCAUUGAAAGUGAAAAUCAUCUUCUGUUAUGUUCUGCCCACAUCUGUUAUUGUGUUUCUUUUUUCUGUGAUUGUCUACUCCAUUUACCGUUACAUCCAUGUUGGCAAAGAGAAACAUCCAGCCAAUUUGAUUUUGAUUUAUGAAAAUGAAAUUGACAAAAGGUUCUUUGAGCCUACUGAAGUAAUUAAAAUUAACUCUAUCACCCUCAAUAUUUUGGAUGAUUCUAAAAUGUCUCAAAAGGAUAUGAGUUUACUGGAAGAAAGCAGUGAUCAGUCCAACCUUGAUGAUCCUGAGCCCAGCAGGAACCCAGAACCCCAUCUGCAGAAGGUGGAGGUGCCACACUUAGGAUACUCUUCGCAUUUGAUGGACAUUUUCUGUGAUGCUGCAGAGAGCCUCAGAGAUGCCUCCCUAACCCAGCCUGAGUGGCUCAGCAGGACCAUGUUCACAGGAAUGGCAGACACUGAAUAUGAUGUACCAACAUACUUCUGCAGGGGCCUUGAAGACCACCAGCUCCCUGGACAUGCAGAGGCAGCCAGACAAAGGAAAUUAUCUGAAUCACAGGCAGCUUUGAGAAACUUGGGCCCACAGACGCUGCUGUGUUCAUACACCCCCCAGCUCAAUGACUUACACCACCUGGUGCAGGAGCAUCCCGGCUUAGAAGAGGGGCCAGAGGAAGAGCCAUCCACAACAUUGGUAGAUUGGGAUCCUCGGACUGGCAGGCUGUGCAUCCCUUCCUUACCUCACUUUGAACAGGACCCUGAGGGCUGUGAACCUUAUGGGUGUGACCAGUUCUCAGAGCAGGGCCUUUUGUCUAGACUCUAUGAGAAUCAAGCACCCAACAAGCUGUCAGAAGAAAAUGAAAACUAUAUCAUGCAGUUUAUGGAGGAAUGGGGGUUACAUGUACAAAUGGAAAACUAA